UCGAGCUCAGUGAGCCGGUGUGUGAGCGCCGCGACGCCUAGAACAGCACUAUCGUCGUCGGAGUUUUCGUUGUUGUCGUCGUCAUCGUCGUCAUCUUCGUCGUCGUCAUUCCCGUCGGCGUAAAUUUGGCGACAAUCCUACGUUUCCCUUUGUUCUGGUCGUCGUCGUCGUCGCUGUGGUCGUUCUCGAUCGAGCGCCGUCUGUCCUCGUCGUUCUCGUCGUCGGCUUCGUGAUCAUCGUUCCAUCGUCGUUCUCGUCGUCGUCGUCGUCAUCGUCAUCAUCAUCGUCAUCGUCACCGUCACCGUCACCGUCACCAUCAUCUCGCUGCUCUCUCGUGGGUGCUGGCGCUGUCCGGGAGGCACGCGACUACUCCGAGUUUCCGUGCGCGAGUCGCAGUCGCCGCGGGAAGAGAGAGACGGACGAGUGCAGUACUACCACCUCGUUCCUCCCCCCUUCCACCUCUGCCACCUCCUCUUGCUCCAUCUGUCUCCUCCGCACCUUCGCUCCUUCUUCUACUCUCCCUCUCCGCCUUUCUCUCUUUCUCUCUCUCUUUCUCUUCUUCUGUAUAUGCACGCUCUCGCCCUCUCCGUAGCCGUCGUCGUCAUCGUCGUCGCCGUCGCCGAUCUCGUCGCUCUCUCUCUCGUUCCCACGAUCACGCUCGCCCUUCGCACAACGACGCCACGCCGCCGCCGCUCGUGUACCGUGCACCAGCCAUCGCACCGUCGCCGUCUUCUCCUCGCCGCUUUCGACUCACGUGCUACGCUACACGGACACACGGCCACGCAGCUACGAGACAGAUCUCGAUUUCACGUUCCACGAGUUCUCCCAUCGUCCGUCGCCCCGAUCUCUCCCUCGGCAUCGAGAGACGACGGCCGCAGGGGCGAGUGCAACGGCAAGCGAGAGCGCGAAGGAUAGAGGAGUGAGUCCGAAGGAGCGAGAGAGAGGGAGAGAGAAAAAGAGAGAGAGAGAGAGAGGGAGACAGAGACCGGAAUACGCGACGCAGAAGAGGACGGAGGAUGGUGUAGACGUCGUGACGUCGUGUCCGUCGUGCCCGCGGGACUUCCGAGGUGGACAUUCGUGUAAGAAAAUGUACUUGCGUGACGGUCCUUAAACUUCGCCUCGGGCGUGCAUUCUCGUGUAUAAAAGAGGGUACGAAAGAGAGAGAGAGAGAGACAGGAGUGGGAGAAAGUGGAGUCGGGGUGUCUGUUACCGGCAGGGAGGGCGUUAGAGCGAGAGCGCGGAAAAACGGGGGAGAGAGAGCGAGCGAGAGAGAGAGAGAGAGAGAGAGAGAGAGAGAGAGAGAGGAUGCGAACGGGGAAAGAUAGAGAGGUGGCUGGGAGGGAAACGUACGACAGAGAAGAUAACGAUGCUCGAACGUGAUGCUAUGUACGUCCGUGAGGGUUGUUCCGAACGACGCCGGUAAACCGAAUGAUCAUUUGAUUCCUUUUUUGGAUUGCGUGAUAUACAUAUUAUGAACGCCGCGAUGCCAUGCCUACGUUCCGCGGUGCGUGUCGCUGCGAGCGCGCCUCGCGGACUUUGCGCGACGACGAUCAACGCAAACGCUUCGGCGGGUAACGCCAACCCCGACGAGGGGUAUGUCGGGCCGACACGCUGGUCUCGUCCCGCCUCCGCUCGGCUCGCUCGUACUCUGCGAUCAGUCUUGUUCGAUGUUCUGCAUAAUCGUUCUUACGUAUACUCAUCACACGCUUGCACGCAAUUUACUGUUGGUGUAUAUUUGCUACUUGAGAUGAUCGAUGUAUGCACGUUGGUGGUGUGUUGUCCGGCGCCGAUUUGAUAUCUCUUGAUACACGAUAACGACCCGUGCCCGCGUCGCUGAUUGAUUGCCAUAAAUUAAGGAGGAUUCCAAGUGCAUACCGAAAACAGCAAAUUAUAAAGAAUUUUAUAUUCGUGUUAAAUAUUUUUUAGGCAUAAACAGUUAAAUCUCAGUUCAGAUAUUUAUAAGAGUUUUUUCUAUUUUUUAGCACUUGGAUUUCCUAUAAUUUAUACGGUAUUCAUUUAGCGCCGCGUUCACCGCUGAAUGUUGCCGUUCAAUUCUAAGUUUUAUGUAUGUACAUAUUAUAAUAUUUAUAAUACGAAGAUCGAAUUCGAUGUGUAACAUCGUGGGAUGAGCAUCAGAUAGAUUUAACGUUAAAUGCGCGAUGUGAAUACGAACUGAUGAUGGAAACUCUGGUAUCCCCGAUGUAUCCUUGCAAUAUGAAUGCAUGUAUCUAUAUAGCUUUCAUAUGAAAGGAAUCAAGUGCCUUUAUGUUAAAACUGAGAAAUAGCUUCCUAGACUUGUCUCUAGAAAAAAAACGAUAUAAUAUUUUGUAUUAUAAGAACGACUUGUGGCAUAGCAAUGCACGCUUCAAUUUGUCUAGUCAACUAUUUGAUAGAACAAUAUAAUGUAUAUCUAUAAAUAUAUUUGUGUUUAUAUAAAAAUUAUUUAUCCAUACUUUGAAUAUUCAAGUAGAAAUAUAUAUGUUACACGUUUUGUAAACUGAAUACAUUUCCUCAUCUGUUCGCGAAUGAUAAAUAAUAAAGACUUUUGUUGACCCUUAAUGUUAUGUCGUUCAUCAAUUUCGUCGGAAGAUAAAAAAUUUGCCAUGACCUGUUGAAUGCCAUAUAAAAAGAGUCCUUGUUAUAACUCCAGAAAAGUUCAUAUUCUUCGUCAACAAGAACAGCCGGAGAAUCGCGUAAUAAAAUGCAUCAUAAAAUAAAAAAAAGUUGUGUAAACGCGCGUAACUCGGCACGAAAAACGAUCGGAAAAUGAAAGUACUGAUUUUAAUAAUUAAAUUUAUUUGUAUAAAUUCGCAGAAGUCAUGACAAGUCUAGUAACAAUUUACUUGCUUAUCUUUUUCACAACGAGAGACUAUGGAGAAGAUGAGUAAAUAACUUGAUACUUAACUCGCCUCCCUAUUGGCUUAAUUCCAGUGUUAUUUACUACAAUUCAACAAUAAUUAGUGUUUUGAUCGAUGGAAUUUAACUUGUUGUGUUUUUGCCCUCCACCCUCUUCAAUCUUUCCCAUUUCUCUGUCAUUUUGGAAUGCCCUAUCGAAGUAAGCCUCGAGCUUUUUUAGUGUUAAUACAACAUAGAAUGAUAUAUGAUUAUCGUUCAGUUUUUAAAUGUUCUGGUACACACAGAGGAACGAUGUGAAUAAAAUGCUGAAAUAACAUGUCACACGAUCGAUUUGUUUGUCUACUCUUCUUACAAAGGGAAACAAUGUUUUAUUUAUACGUAUUCAAAAUUUAGACAGAUGAUGAUAAAUUGCUCUUUACACGAUUCAUUAACGCUAAAAAGCUGAUGACAUCUGAAUAUAUACAUUUCACUUGCGGCUUACAAUGCGUAUUAGUAAAAAAAAAAAGAAUAACUGUUUGUGCUAAAUUUUUACAGAAACAUUCGUGUGCAUGUAAACUUCUGUAAACGUAGUGUGGUAAAUUAUGAGAAGCUAACAGUUUAAAUAAUAAUAGAACAUACGUUUAUUCCGAUAGAACGUAUAAUGUAUAAAGAAAAAUAAGAAUGUAAAAAAGUAGACACAAACAAAAUUUUCAUAAAAUAUCUCAAAAUAGUCUCGUAAACAGAAGAUACAGCUUCUUAUAAUUUUCAAUUCCACAGGGUCGCACACAUAGGGUGUAAACAGUAAAUGGCUUGAGCGCGGAUACGGAAAUAGAACGAGAAAAAAAUAUGAUAUAACAGAUAAGAAUUAUACGACGUAGAGAGAGAUAAUUUAAAAUACACUAUGAAACUAUAUAAUGUGAGGUAGCCAUGAAAAUUUCUCGAGGUUCUUAAUAACGCGAGACCAGGCAUAACGUAUCUGCAAAGUGGCACUCAACUGUAGCGCGCGAUGUAACCGGAGAUAAUUUCGCAGCGAACACGCGCGUGUACGCUCGCGAAUGAUUCAUUGCACGCGUUUACACGACGUCGGGCAAGAAAGGCGACUAUUUUCGGCGCGGAUUCGGAUAGCGCUCGUUGCGGAACGGAACGCUUUUAACGGUUCUUACGCCGUUAAAACAGGAAGCUGAUACCGACGUAUCACCGUUAUCGUAUAAUAUGAAUUUAUGCGACAAUGCCUUUCUAUUACGACCGACAAUGGAGGCGUCGGCGGCGGCGGUGGUGUAAUAUUACCAAGUCGCCCCCGUUGUAAUGUAUAGCCGUAUGCGCUCGGCUUUCUCUCUCUCUCUCUCUCUCUUUCUCUCUCUGCGGACCAUAAAGCGAAUAAUAUAGCUCGCACGCAAAAUGAAAUAUUUCAAUUGCGGGACUCGCGUUAAUUGCGCGCGCGCGUGCUCGCUCUCGCACGGGCGCGGCGUUUCAAUUAUCGUAAUGAAUUACGACGAACGCGAAUUCCGUCGACGCAAGCGCGGAUACGAGGUGGAUCUCUCCCGCGGCCGGUCUACUCGAUCGAUCUCAAUCCGGACGUGGCGUUUGAAAGCGCGCGUGGAAUAUAAUGAAUAUGUAAAUAUUCGACGGAGUGCACGCGGGGUACGUUGUCGCUUGUAAAUAGCGGGGGCUCGCUCCACAUCCCGCAGGCUACUGUCGACUGCAACGUAAACGUAAUCGUCCCACGAGCUCUCAACCUCGGCCACACCAUCGCCGGUCCAUCAUCGUACCCUGCAUUGUCGUCCGCGCCGCAAGAUGAACGAACGAUCCGAGAGGGAGUACGUAGUGCGUUCGGCGCGCUGUGAGACGACGAGAUGAAAUCGCGCGGUGUUAUUAACCGGCAGAUUCAAAUCGAUUUGCGUUGCGUCGACUAAUCCCGGAUGGUGGUGGUGCGCGGCUUUUGAUAAUCAUGAUAAGUGAGCGCGUUCUUAUCGCGACGUUAAUGAAACACGUGUGCGAGACGCGCGGGUAAUUACGCAUCGACUGGACUGACCGACUCGGAUCCACGUGUCCGAGCACGAAAUCCUUCGAGGAGCAGAUCGCUCUCCAGUGACCGAUUAACGUAACUGCGCUACAACUCCACUGCUGCGCAUCGUGCGGUUUCAGAAUGAAUGCGACGGUGAUCUACAACGGUGUGACAAGCACCGUGGCUAAUAUUAUCGGUGUCGAGUCUGAAAGACUCAGCAAGGCGAUCAGCAACAUGAGUAGCAACAUGAGUAGCGACGACAUUUCUCCAGUGACCUUGUCGUCGGCCUGGUCCAGGGUGGCCCGACUUUUGCUGUUGGCCUCCCUCGCCGUCAGCGGGAGCGUGGGUAACGUCUUCAUGAUAUCCGCCGUGGUAGUGGAGGAUCAGCUGAACAAGCGAGGAAACGCAUUCCUCGUGAACGUGGCGCUGGCGGACCUGCUGGUGACUGGCCUGGUAAUACCGGUCUCUGUGAUCGUAAUCCUAGCGGGUUACGAUGGGACUCCUGCGGAGUCCCUGGGUGCCUGCCGAUUCGAGUGGACCCUCGAGGCUCUCUGCUUCCUGGUGACCGUACUAACGUUGGCCACAAUCGCCGCCGAAAAUUACGCACGUCUGUGUCUGCCCCCCGAAAGAUACGCCAACUUGACGCCGGGUCAUGUAACAGCUACGAUCAUCGUCCUCUGGCUAAUCGCCGUGACUGUGGUGGCUCUGCAAUCGUUCUUGGACAUAGGUCCUGACUUUUGCCGCCGCAAGCUCAGCGGUAUCGCGAUGGAACAGGCGGUAGGGGCCGGCAUAUUCGUCGGACUGCCAGCUUUGACGACGAUCUUCCUCUACGUGAAGCUGGUGAUACGCGUACGACGGGCCACGCGGGGCUCGUACAAGCCGCCGGCCGCCUUCUCCUGGGACUACGAGCUCGCCAAGACAAAUAUGUGCAGCUGCGUGAUGUUCGUCGUGUUCUGGUUGCCGUACGGCACGGCGGUCUGCGUGAAUUCUUUUGUUCCAGUCAACGCGAGCGUGUUCUACAAUCUGGCCUGGUUUGCCCUGUCCAAGUCCUGCUUCAACAAUCUGCUCUACUGCGUCGCGGAUCGCCACUUUCGCAGCGCUUACGUCAAGCUUUUUCACUACUGCUGCUGCAAGACCACGGUGAGCUUCUCGAGGAGGCCGCGCGAGGGUAGAAAUGCGAGCGACGUGCGCCUCAGAGUGCACAUCAUUCACUCGUACGCGAGUCCGUCGUCUUGCCGUCCGGCUGUGGCCAGACCGAACGGACGUGACGUCUACGAGCUUUAGACGCGAUGCGAUGCGACGCACGUACAAGGUGCACAAAGCAGGGAGAUGCCGUUGAUAAAGAUGUCCUCGCCGCAUCUGCCCGGACGCGCUCAUUACGCAAUGAGCAGUCCGCUUUUGCGAGACUGCGGGUAAUCGACGUACAAACGAUGUCGCACCGGGGCUGCCUCCGGUAUGGCCUUACAAGGAGUUAACUCAUUUCUCUUGAUUCUCACGGUUCGUCCUUCGAUAUUGGCUGAAUUAUUUUUGCAUUGCGUAGUUUUUUUUUUCGUUUUUAUAAGGAUGCCAGGAACGAGACCUUUUAAGCAGACUAUAGUUUUGACACAAUUGAAAACGUAUACAUUAUCACAUAAAUAUAGUGUAUUUACGUGUAUACAUUUUAUAUUAUUUAUUAACAGUUUAUAUAAAAACUUUUAUUUUCUAUUGACAUGUACAAUGACUCCUACGAUAUUAUAUCGUAAAAAGAAGCAAUGAAGACCUAAGGAAUUGGCACUAAAGAUAUAUGUACGUUACAUAACUAUUGUCAUUAUCUGUUUAACAUUAUCCGCAUAGAAAUUUUGCAUCUCAUUGGGCUUAAUUGUAAAAUAUAGUCAGUUGAAAUUAGUAAUGUAUUGCCCAAUGAUUUUGACGCUGAUACGAAUGGUUGCCGUCCAGUGGAAAUGUUCUCUAAAUGAUAACUAUGGACUUGUAUAUUAGGAUUUUGUCAGAGAGCUUAUAAAUGUCACAUAUAUUUAUGAAUUGUGAAGGACACAUUCUCCGAUUAUUCGGGACUGAAGUUCUAAUCGCAAGGAUGUCGAAAAUGUUUAGCAAUCGUUUAUACGGUAAUAACGGGGCGACGUUUUUUCGUUCCGGAUGAAAUUUUUCGACGCGAAUAUCUGAUUAUAAAAUUCAGCAGGUUCCUGGUGUUACCAUAUGUCUCGUUUCUUUCCCUUUUUUUUUUUAGAUAGUACACUUUUUCAUUUAUCGCGCAACGUCCAUUCUCGACGGGAGAGAAGCGGGAAGCUUGUUUCUCUCUUCGCGAGAUCCCAUCUUGUAACAAGGGAGGGACGAGUGUCUUACUUGCGACAGCAUUUUAUCUGGCUGCAAGACGAGAUGUGAAACGCGGGCGAGAGGGAAAAUAAGGUUUUCCCAAUCUCGAUUAAAUUUCUCGACGGAGCUUACUGGCAUUCCGAGAGGGAGGGAUGCCGGCCGCGAAGUUAUAUACGUGCCCGCUGGAGGGGAGUAAUUUACGCUCGGUGCACUAUAAGUUCGCUAUGUGUGAGAUUUAAGCUCGACGAACACACGCGAAUAGCGUCGCGAGCACCAUAUCCCGAAUUAUGGGCUCCGCCGCGGUAAGUCGACCGGUAGAUGAAAAUGCCGUAACGUUUAAGGAGGCACUUGGCGGCGCUCUCAUCAUCCCCUAAAGUUAAUAACAUUCCGGUAACGAGGUGAAGUCAAGUGGAUCAGAUAAGGGCGAUUCGAUGAUAAAGAUGGCAAUAAUAUCAGUUAAAACUUUCAGUACUCUGCUCGUCUAUCGAUCUUGACGUUCGGCGAGAUUUAGCGGGAUCACUCUUAAAAAGGCAAGAAAAGAGUCCCUCUAGCCAUUUAUUAUGUAAAUCGGGUACGGUCUCUUGCGGGGGAAGGUCCUUUUGAUGGCGAUCAAAUAAGGAUCUGAGUCAAGUACCGUAAUGUAUCGCUUUAUUGGCGAAAAUAAAACUUUAAGUAUUAAGGAAUAUUAGAUUCGGGGAUAAAUUUAACGGGAUGUAAAAUUUUCUCGCUGAAGAAAAAUAGAAUUAAAUAAAUAUCGCGUUCCAAUGCUAUAACAGUUUACUUGCAUACGCUCAAACAUAAAUUGCUUAACAGACGCCUUUUCUCGUCUUGUACUCAGAUCGAUUUGCUGUUUGCUUUGAAAAUCAAAAAUCUCAUAGCGCUGCCACCCCUUUCGAUCUAUUUAAUUUUAAAUCUUACAUAUCGCACAAAACGUGAUUCUCGAUCAUUAAUUACGUAUGUUUCCCCUAAACAUAUCUGGUUGCAAAUAAUUGCUAUUAUCCGCCGAAGUACUGAAUGUCUCCCUGAGAAAACAAGAACAUAUAGCACAUUAAUUACUGCCCCCCCUGUCAUCUCGACGUUGAAAUAACUAAACUGUAUCUACGCAUAUUCGGAUUAAACGAGGAGAGUAUUAGAACUUAUGUCCGACAUAUUGACGGUGGACAUCAUAUUGACGGCGGAGAACGCGAACGAUUUACGACGAAAGACCCGGGAUUAACGCGAAAACACUCCCUGCGCGAGUUGCGCGACUCGAUCGUCUCUCGGCUCUCUUUCCCCGUGUAUUUCGUGUAAAAUCGGUUGGUGAAUAUUGUCGUGCCAAUUAUUCUGGAAAACGACGCCAUUCUUCACCCCGGCCGGGUAAUUCGUUACGUGCCGCGCGGCGAUGCGUUCGCUUUGCUGUGUCGCGUUUUCUCGGGACAGACACCGUUUUCAGGGAUCGCGAUUUAUUUAGCAGCGUUUCAUUGGAGGACACUCGCACGCGAGUGACAUCGGCAUUCGCUCUAUUCGCGAGAAUGCGCUUGCUCCGUCCAUACACGCCGCACAGCUGCGAUCGCGAGUAUCAGGUUCGCGAUGGUAUAUACAUUCCAGAAAGAGCUUCUUUUAGAAAAUCCGUUCUAGCGUUCUUGAAUGACGUGCUUAAAUAAUAUCGUCAACUUGCAUUCUGAAUUUCGCGUUUGAAUAUAUUCUGAUGUUCACGUAUGCGCAAUUUUAUUUUGCAGCAGGGAGCAAAAUUAUUGCAAAUUUAAAUAGUAAUACGUGUUACGUGUGUGUUAUUUCGUUGGAAAGCUAAUCAAUUUUUGUUAUUGAAAUGAUUAAGUUGACAAUGUAUUAUACACGGAAUUGUUUUUUUAUAUCAAAAUUACUGUUAUUUAUGCUUCUUGUAUAACUAAGUCAAUAUGAGUGGUAUUUAUGGCAGUAUGUUAUUUUUUAUUUCUCGAGACAAAUAAUGUUUUAUGUAAUCCCGGGUUUUGUUAUCUAAAAUUGUGCAAAAUUGUCGAUAAUAUUUUAUCAGAUUUACGAGGCUAAAAAUAUUUAUUACAUCUUAAAAUCUCGUUUGCAGAUUACACAGUAGUAGCUUUUAUUAAAUGUUUUGUACAUUCCACGAUCGCGGCUUUUCGGUUAUUGCUAAUCGUGUAUUCAAGCACAUAUCUGUAAUCAUGCUUUACAUUUAGAAGUUCAUUCUGUUAUAAUGUAUCUUAAUAAUUAACAAUAAAAUGCGUAUGACAUUAUCGCGCGCAUAUUUGUGUAAAGUGGACGUGUUAAAACGUGUCAAUAUCGCUUUCCACUUAUAUUUCCAUAUCGUUGAGUUCAACACUUAAACUGACACGAGCCAACACGCGUAAAAAGAAAAAAAACAUGUAGGAAAACAUAUAUAUCGUUUCUAAUUAUGUGACCUUCUCAAAAUGCAAUUUAGAGUAUGUAACUGCAUAUUGGAGAACGUAAUCGAGCAUAUAAAUUACGGUCUCACCUCGCGUACGUAAGAGAAUAGUGAAGUGAUACUUAUGUAUAUACGUAGCUAGAGAAUCUAACACACAACUAUAUACUGAUACGUAUUGAAUUGAUAACGCGCUGUUACAUGAUCGAUGCUUCGACCUAGACAUGUAAUGGGGCCAUAUAUUUGUGACUGACAAACAAUAACGAUGAUCGCAUUACGAGUAUAAGCGUCAAAUCUUUUUAUUCGCAUAUCGGGGAGGAGAAGGUAUAAAAAUAGACGAAGGUGCCUCGCGUGACAUAGAACAAUGUUAUUUCAAAAUUUAUGGACUUCGCGUGGACUUUAGGUUCAACGAUAUUUCUUCGAGGAAGGAUAUUUCUCCGUUGCGACUGCUAUAGUCCUACUCGGAGUGAGUUACUCCUUCUGUACGAGUCAACUUUUUUUAUUGCAAUAAUCAUUUUUAUCGAUCACUUCAAGAAACUUAAACGGAUUCUUAAAAAAACUUUCGAAAAUAGAAUAUCGUAAUUGACAACGUUUUUUUUUUACCUGAGGAUGUAUGAUUAAAUUAGAGUUUUAAAGCAAUAGAGUUUUAUAUACGAGGUGAUAUCAAUUUCUGAAUUUAUAAUAUCAAUACCAAUGAUUUUAAUGUCGAAAUUAACAAACAAAAUUUACGUCGAAAUGUUUGUCACUUUUACUAUAAUAAAAAGUAAUUAAUAAUAGCAAUUUUUAUAUGGUUCUACCGUGGUUGCUUUAAAAAACAAUAAAGAGAGGCAAAAGAGAAUUGAAAUAGAAUUUCUGAAUAAGAGUGUAAAAUUUUAGUAUAUUAAUAUAGUUUUGUAUAUUUAAUCCGGUGGACGUACGUACGCGCAAAUAUGAAAAAUUGAUUUAUGUAUUUAUUCUCAAUGCGGACAAUAUUAUUUUUUAAUUCCGAUGUAUAUGAUAAUCCAGUUAAAAACUUUGCUGAUCGAAGUAACGUCACAAAAAUAUUUUUUAUAUCAACACAUCACACAGAGUUUCAAAUCAAAAAUGUAAUAUGUGUAGUACUAUUAUUUUUGUGACUGGGUAGGUAUUUGCAUUGGCGGAUCCAGAUAUAAUUUUUAUGAGAAGAGUGUAAUUAUAUAUGUAGGUACACACGAAAUGCGAACGUAAUAUUUUGCAAAAUGGAAAAAUGAUGAGGGCUUGAAAAAAAUUUUAAUGAGUUAAAAGAUCAACUUUAUACCGACAAAAUCAAAUCUUACAUCGCAUAAAAUUCUGCUCUCUGGUUCCGCCGCUUGCGUUUCGAGGUUUAUAUUGACAAAUAAGCUUGCAUAUAUAUUUAUUGUAUAUAACUCCAUCUUAUAACUGUAUUUAAUUGAUAAUUACUGCAAUGGCGUAUCUUUCAUGACUGUGUCUAUAAUGUCGUAUUUUACGCGCCUUCUGUCAAUCUGUGAUCACACUUUUAGGUAUGAUUGUUCGGGUAGUAUGGUACGAGUGUACAUUAUAUCGUUCAAAUUUUGCACACUUUAUCCGAUUUGGAUCAGAGCUGUCUCGAUUAUCCAGGAUAAUGCUCCCGCGGUGUAUCCUCGUAGGCGAAAUUAAGCGUAGAAAGCAACAUCUUGUCAAAUACAUGAUGAAAACAGUUUGAUAUUCUAAGCGAUGAUAAUCGCCUUACAAAGUGUGCUAAGUUUGACUAACGAUCCUCGCGGACGUUGUGUGCAAAAUUUGAAAUUGAAAUUUAAGCGUCUUUUACGACGAGAACUUUGAUAAAACACCCGGCGAGUGGCCGCGCGCGUUGAUCAAAUAUGCGAGAGGAGAGAAGUAUUCGGCACGCGGGAGAGAUUUUAUCUAAAGUUCCGUCGCGCCGAAACCGGGUUUUCGGAAACGCGCGGGCAGGCGUGGCAGCAAGUGCCGCUGGUGAUAAUGCUUGAAGGAAAUGGGACCAGGAAUUUUACCUUGUCGUGACUACCCUUCCCCAACUAAGUAUACUUUUGUAUCGUCCGCUUCGUUCAUUCCCCGCGGAACGUUCGGAAUUAGAAGUGCAUUUGGAGAGAUUCGCGUAUUACCACGUGGUCGCGAAACUUAUUGCGUUCGAUAGAGAAUUCCCAUCGGCGCGUAUCCCGUAAACGAAUUUGCAAGUUCGAGAGAUAGGGGAGAAUAGUUAAAUGAACUUGGCUUUGUCUGUUUCGCGUACUUACCUUAGCCGUUAACUUGCAAGCAAGCGUCUAAGUUAAAUAAAUGUCCUAUCUAUACUGGUGUAUUGUAUUUCCGAAUGUACGUUGGUAUGUUCUCCGUGUACGUACGUGUAUACGGCGCGUGUGAGAUGCGUAGUUAUGCGUUUGCGAACACGUCUAUUGAUAUGCAUAUGAGAGAAUAUCGACGGUGAACGUCGAAUACGUGGGUGCGAUGUGAAGAUCGACAGGCACUGCAUGCUUUCGAUAUAUACUCUCGUGCGAUUACUAUAUAGUUAUCUUACAAAGUUUCCCAAAUCAAAAGCAAAUUUAUUUUCACUUUAAGCGAGAGAUGGAGAUUUCUUUUUCAUGCCGCAUAUUUUUGCGCUACGUCUUUGACGUGUUAAAUACCGUAGCUUAUGCAGUGUCCGUCCAUGAAAUAGAUUUUUCUAUGAAAGAGUUACAAUGUAUUCUUAGUUACGACUAUAUAAUUAAUAUUAUUAUAUAAUAAUGAUUUAAUAUAUCAAUUAUACAACAAUGAUAGAAUUCUUUUCGAGCGGCGAUUCUUUGUAAGCGUAUAACAGCGCACAAUUUGUAUCUAAAGAAACUCGUUGUUUUUAUUGGUAAAAAGUGGACGAUUGUUUCCGGUGAGAACAAUACAUUUUAUUUAUCCGCGACCGAGAGAGCGCGAUUAGUUUGCGAUCGAUGUAGUUACUCGCGCAUAACUGUGAUUUUAUUCUCUGCAUAUCGGAUGAGUUCUCCGAUUAACAGCGAGCGACAUUCUGUCGUACACUAGCAACAUCUGUUUGUACUUUUAAUUAUCGAAAAAACAUUGUUUCACGAUAAAUACAAUUGAGUUUUAUAUACCUCGAGUAAUUGUGAGAUACGCUUAUCAAUCUGAUCUCUUUCCGUUUGUCUUUAACAAUAAUAAGGGCACAAUCGACAAAAUUACAGCGCCGCGCCGGUAAUUACAGCGCAGAAUAUCGCUGCAGAAACGCCCCUUGAAUAAGGUGCAUAUGCUUUUUAUGUCCUUGACUCAUCGAAUUAAAAAGCAGGUCAGACUUGUUCGUGUUCAUUUGCGUAUCUCAUUCGUAUCUCAUUUGCGUAACUGGGUAGUGCGUUAGACCGUAGCGGUAGAUGUGGUAGAUCAUGUUAGACGACUAGCGGAUAGCGGAGAUAGAUGUCUUAAAUAAUAGGGAAAUGGAACACACAUUCCCGACGCGCUCUCCUCGAGCGUAAUCCUAAGCGUGUAGACUGUCAUGCGAGACGCGCGGACUGCAGUGUCGUCUCGCAACUUUUCCGACUGUCUCAAGACCUCACCCCGAAGGAUGCGAUUAAUUCUAACGGGUUUCGUUCGAACUCGUCGGGGCGAAUUCUCGUCAUGGUGGGAUGCGUGUCCCGACGGAGAGGCCUCAUUCUAACAAAUUUGUACCGAGCGUCGGAAAUAAUCAUAUAUAUCGAAGUAAGUGGAGGCGAUUAUGGCGAGCGCGCCGUGUGAUUAGGACCUGUACUGUAAUCAUCGGGACGCAUUUCAUUAAUACUGACGUUUUUUCGUGCGAAUUCGUUAGAACCAGUUAUUGUCGGAACACGCACUCGCUAUGAUUAUACCCUUGGGAUAUGAUCGUGGUAGGUAUACGUGUUUCGACAGCAUCAGGCUCUAACGUGCGGGGCAUCACUCAGAGUAAUUCAAAUGUAUCGAAAUAAGCUUCAGCGGCUGCAUUAAUAUACAAUAGGUUGAUAGAUGCACCGGACGGAUCGAGUGGACGAUCAGAAACAAGGGAUGUUAUUAGACGAUACAGUUUUUUCUCUUUGCUAUAUCAAGAUAUUGUUUCUAUCGCGCUUUAGGUAUCGAUCAAAAUUCAAAUCUGUCUAUACUUUCAACUUUACGUAAAAAUUAUUUAUAUCGAGAGGCACCUGUUGAUUGAAUUAUCGACCGCUUUCUUUUGUAAAUUGUACAAUCAAAUUCUGUAGCUUAUUUUAAUGUAUUUGAUUGAUUCUGACGUUUCUCUACGAUUUCGUUGGAACGAAACUUUCUGCGGGACACGCGAAUCGCCGUGGCUCUUUGAUUCGCUGCUUCAGACUUCGUUGCCUAAGCAAUUGUAAUCUGUUAAUCUGCAUACGUUCGCAAAUAGCGAUGUGAUCACGUAGAUUUACUACGUGAAGCAAAUUGCAACAUUAUUUAUGAGCAUAUCAUCGAAUAUGCCAUGCGGUCUCUCGAUGCACAAAUAAGCAUGCUAUUAAUGAUUGUUAUAUCGAAGUCAUCGAGAAGCACUGUAUUCGAAACUCUGAGGACCACGAACUCACAAUAACGUUUGGACCUACGUAGAUUAUACGUCUUUUUUUUUCAACGAGUAGUAGCUGUUGCGAUCGAGGCGUACAAGUUACGAAAGGAAGGAUGUCUUUGUACAUCCGAGCCGCGUUUACGCGCGUAAGAAAAUUGCAAUAUUAAUCCGUUGUAACGUAAAAAAAAAACGGGCUACCAAACCCAUUUAUCGGUGUCGUGUCGUGAUAAGUGUCCAUGCUGUCUCGUAACAAGACUUGCGAACGUAAUGGCGUAAUGGCAAUUGUCUAACAAAUUGAUAAUCAACUGUUCCGACUCGAUUAAUACGAGAGUAGCAAAAGUAGAAGUCAGGUCGAUGUGUGUUGUGUUAACUAGCGUGUAGAGUAGCGUGAGGCUAGUUUGUAGAGCGAAUACGUAGAGCAAUCUGCGAAAACGUUAACACUAUCCCUCUGGCCGUAGCAAAAAAAAAAAAAAAGAAUCGUAAAAUCGACGCAAACUGUACCACAACAAAUGGACUAUAUAGAUGUAUUUAUUUUGUACUGAAUGUAUUUCGCAUUGAUGUAUAUUUUUUCGCGAGGGUCGACGUAGCGCCGUAGCUACGUCGAGACGGCAUUCUGAUUUUGUGGACACGUUACCGCGGACUGUGUACAAUUUUAUAAUGUUGUAAUAAAAGUGCGUUUCUCUCUC